CGGCGGCACACGGGGUCUGGGCGGCUACCCGGGCAGCUCUAAGUCCAGAGGAGUCGGGAGGCGGCAGCGCUGCUGCUGGCCGGCGACGGGUUGGGGGCCGAAGGCAGUGAGACCAUGUUCUCCCUCAAGCCGCCCAGACCCACCUUCAGGUCCUACCUCCUGCCGCCGCCUCAGACAGAUGAUAAAAUCAGUUCGGAACCGAAGAUUAAAAAACUGGAGCCAGUUCUUUUGCCAGGAGAAAUUGUCGUAAAUGAAGUCAAUUUUGUGAGAAAAUGCAUUGCAACAGACACAAGCCAGUACGAUUUAUGGGGAAAGCUGAUAUGCAGUAACUUCAAAAUCUCCUUUAUUACAGAAGACCCAAUGCCAUUACAGAAAUUUCAUUACAGAAAUCUUCUUCUUGGUGAACACGAUGUCCCUUUAACGUGUAUUGAGCAAAUUGUCACAGUAAAUGACCAGAAGAGGAAGCAGAAAGUCCUAGGCCCCAACCAGAAACUGAAGUUUAAUCCAACAGAGUUAAUUAUUUAUUGUAAAGAUUUUAGAAUUGUCAGAUUUCGCUUUGAUGAAUCAGGCCCUGAGAGUGCCAAAAAGGUAUGCCUUGCAAUAGCUCAUUAUUCCCAGCCAACAGACCUCCAGCUACUCUUUGCAUUUGAAUAUGUUGGGAAAAAAUACCACAAUUCAGCCAGCAAAAUAAACGGAAUCCCCUCAGGAGAUGGAGGAGGAGGCGGCAGCCCCAAAACUCCACUGUUUGAAACUUACUCAGAUUGGGACAGAGAAAUCAAGAGGACAGGAGCUUCCGGGUGGAGAGUUUGUUCUAUUAAUGAGGGUUACAUGAUAUCCACUUGCCUUCCAGAGUACUUUGUAGUGCCAAGUUCUUUAGCAGACCAAGAUCUAAAGACCUUUUCCCAUUCAUUUGUUGGAAGAAGGAUGCCAUUCUGGUGCUGGAGCCACUCAAACGGCAGUGCUCUUGUGCGGAUGGUCAUCAUCAAAGACAUGCUGCAGCAAAGGAAAAUCGACCAGAGGAUUUGUAAUGCAAUUACGAAAAGUCAUCCACAGAGAAGUGAUGUUUACAAAUCGGAUUUGGAUAAGAGCUUGCCUAAUAUUCAGGAAAUACAGACAGCAUUUGUAAAACUGAAGCAACUAUGCGUUAAUGAGCCUUUUGAAGAAACUGAAGAGAAAUGGUUAUCUACAUUGGAAAAUACUCGGUGGUUGGAAUAUGUAAGGGCAUUCCUCAGACAUUCAGCAGAACUUGUGUAUGUGCUAGAAAGCAAACAUCUCUCUGUAGUGCUGCAAGAGGAGGAGGGAAGAGACUUGAGCUGUUUUAUUGCUUCUCUUGUUCAAGUGAUGCUGGAUCCCUAUUUUAGGACAAUUACUGGAUUUCAAAGUCUGAUACAGAAGGAGUGGGUCAUGGCAGGCUAUCAGUUCCUAGACAGAUGCAACCAUUUAAAGAGAUCAGAGAAAGAGUCUCCCUUAUUUUUGCUAUUCUUGGAUGCCACCUGGCAGCUACUAGAACAGUAUCCAGCAGCUUUUGAGUUCUCAGAAACCUACUUAGCGGUCCUGUCUGACAGUACCCGGAUCUCACUAUUUGGCACCUUCCUGUUCAACUCUCCUCACCAGCGAGUGAAGCAAAGCACGGAAUUUGCUAUAAGCAAAAAUAUCCAAUUGGGUGAUGAAAAGGGGUUAAAAUUCCCCUCGGUUUGGGACUGGUCUCUACAAUUUACAGCAAAGGACCGUACCCUUUUCCAUAACCCCUUCUACAUUGGAAAGAGCUCACCUUGCAUACAGAAUGGCUCUGUGAAGUCUUUCAAACGGACAAAGAAAACCUAUAGCUCCACACUGAGAGGAAUGCCAUCUUCCUUAAAGAAUGGAAUCAUCAGUGACCAAGAAUUACUUCCUAGGAGAAAUUCGCUAAUAUUAAAACUAAAGCCAGAGCCUCUGCAGCAACCCAACAGCCAGAACAGUGACAUGGAGCAGUACGUCAGAGAGUGGUUCUCCAGACCAGCCGACCUGCAUGGGGUUAUUCUGCCACGUCUCUCUGGAACACACAUCAAACUGUGGAAACUGUGCUACUUCCGCUGGGUUCCCGAGGCUCAGAUCAACCUGGGUGGCUUCAUCACAGCCUUUCACAAGCUGUCGCUGCUGGCUGAUGAGGUGGACAUGCUCAGCCGGGCACUGCGGCAGCAGCGGAGUGGCCCCCUGGAGGCCUGCUGUGCUGAGCUGGGCCAGAGCAGGAUGUACUUCAGAGCCAGUAGCCCACACGACAUGGCAGGGACACCAGACUUCCUCUCCUCCUCAUUUCCAUUUUCUCCUGUAGGGAAUCUAUGCAGACGAAGCAUUUUAGGAACCCCAUUAAGCAAAUUUUUAAGUGGGGCCAAAAUAUGGUUAUCUACUGAGACACUAGCAAAUGAAGACUAAAGUGUAGUAUUUUCUGAACAGGGAAACUGUAAAUUUUUUAUUCUGGAUGAAAAUGGUUAACCUAGGCAUUUAAAGCUCUAACUUUACAUGAAAGAGUUAAUAGUUGAAAUUUGCACUAAUAUUUAAAAAUUGGUUGAAUCAUGCUUCCUUCACACUUUAGAAUAGAGAUGUAAAUUUUCUGUAUGUCCCUGUCAUUCUAAAUCUGGAUCAUUUUAGGUGAUUUGCAGGCAUUCUUAUUAACUGUGAUCAAACUAAUCAGGUUUUGUCUGCUACAUCUAUUUUGUCUGCAUCCAUUUUUCCGAAUACCUAUGGAAGGUUACUUGAUACCUGGUCAAAUUAGAGCCCAAAGAAGCAGACAACGUGAAAGUUAAGACAUCAUUUUGUAUUUUUCUAGAAACAUCUGAUAAACCCUUAACAGGCAUUAUUAGUAAGUAUUCAUGUAUUUUUCUGGUCACUUUCUGUCAUCUCUAAUUGAAACUCUUCUGAUGAAGGAUUAGUGCUCUGAGGCCAGAAUUUACUAUCUUAGAUCACCUUGUUUGGGACCUUAGCCCACUGUGUUUUGAAAUCAUAAGUUUGCUUUUAACUUCAUAGGACUAACUAAAUGAUAUGCAUUAUUAAUUUUAAAGCAUUCACCUUAGAUAAUUAAACCUAGAAGUGCCUUCCACGUUAAUGUUAAAGUAUGAAUAUCACAGAGGAAGAUAGAUUUUCACUUUUUAAAAUUCGGGUGUUAAACUCCACUGCAUAUUGGAAAUACAUUUUGCAUACAAUGCUUAAUAGCCAGGCGUCCUGAAAGCCACUGAGGACCUGGGCCUGGGGGGGAUGCUUCUCAGCCCAUUUUGCAUGCAGUGGCAGCCACAGCCAGGGCUACAGCCAGGCGUGUUUUCUGCAGGGACACUGGUCCUCAGAAACAGGGCUUGCUUAGAGGGAGGAAUUUGGGUUUUCCUGUCAGUAUUCCCGGUGUGAAAGUUGUUAGCAGUUCCCAGUUGGAGAAACUUAAUGAGGUCACAAGUCGGGCACCUGUGCACAAAUCCAUCUUCCUCUCAAAGCUCGUAAUGUUCUCGGAAUGGAGAACAGGAGAAAUAAAAACAGACUUCUCUCAAAAUACUGCCAUUUUAAGAAAUAUGACAAACGUUCCUUCCACCCCUGGCUUUUGACAACAAUGUUAAGAGGAGACUGAGAAGCAGACAAAAAGUUUUUCUUGAUGUAAAACGCCCUCAUUUCCAAGCCUACCCAAGCUCUAAGGUCAAAGCUGAAGUUCCCCCGGCCGUGACAUUUCAUACCUCCCUCCACACCCCCCACACACACCCUUCCCUGUUUAAAACGGAUAUUUUCAAACUUGACGGUUAAGAGUUUCUUAAACUAUAAUCUUAAGGUUUUGAAAUUUUUUAUAGUAAAAUGUCUAGUUAGCUUCUUUUUCUAAAACAAGUUUUUUCAACAUAGUUUUUUAUCUUUGUACUGAAUAACUGUUUCUAUUUGAAUUAUUUGCCUCUUAAAAAUUGUUUCUGAAAUUCAUCUUGUGAACAAACCCAAUGUUUUUGCCAACUUCUUGCAUAGAAAAUAAGGGCUAUUUUCAGUUUCAUAAACAUUUUCUAGUCUUUGAAUGGUAACUAGCCCUAAAACACCACAGCAUAUCCUGCCAUUGAAAGUGUAAUAAUUCUCCCUUUUUCAUUAACCAGCUUUUUAUCAAAUUGUUCUAAAUUUGUUUUUUGGAUGGAGCAUUUUUCUCUACAUGACUUUCUUGCCUCAGACAUGUAUUUCAACUCCUUUAGUAAUUUUUUGUUAAUUUACAAGUUUAAAAAGGACUAGGUACUACUAUUAAUACUAUUUUAAACAGAAAAAUGCGUAUUUUUGUAUGAUCAAAUGUAGGAAAAUGUGUCUUUUGUUUUCUUCUUGCUGGACAGUUGUUAUAUGAUUAUUGUGCUACAGGUACUAUGCAGAAUAUGAAAAACAACUUUAACAGCCUUAAGUUAGGCCAUUGCUAAGCUGCUUGGCACUUCUGCUGCCAGAAGGGACACGGGUGGCAGCAGCGGUGAGGGUGUAUAGGUGCACCAGAGAGAGUUCAGCACGCGCUGCGGCACAGCCCUGCCGGGGCCUGCACUCACAGGAAGCCAUGCAGAUGCCGGUGGGUGGCACAGACUUGCUGGUGCUGAACGUAAACAUGUAUAGUGUCUUACUGUUAUUUUAUGAUGGAAGCCUAGUGUAAAACCAAAAUGUCUAACUUUAUUUAAGGAAAAGAUACUAAUUUUUACUAACAGGGUGAAAACUAUUGAUAUCCUUCAACAAAAUCUGCUUCUUGUAGCAGUAACCUCAAGUAGUUGAAACUUGAUUUUGAGAGAAAACUAAAACCUUUGUGCCUAAAGCUAAUGACUUGAGUUCAGGUGGUAUGAACAGGAAGAUGUGAGAUCUUGUUCAACAGUAAUGAAUGUGAAGGAAAUUUUGACUGCUAAAUAAAAUUUUCACAGC